ACUUUCAGGACACAGGACUUGUUGCCUUGAAGGAACAUUGGCCAGCAAACUAUUCCUCAGUGUAGUGAGGUUUUUAGGGUUUCCUUAUGCAGUUUGUAUCCAGUUUGGACCAGAAAAGAUGAAUAAGGUGAUUUUGGUGACAGGAGCAAAUAGUGGCAUUGGCCUGGCGUUGUGUGAGCGUCUCCUCUCGGACAGCACAGAGAGUCUCCAGCUGUGUCUGGCCUGCAGGAACAUGCAGCGGGCUCAGGCCGCCCGCUCGGCCCUCCUUGUCUCUCACCCCACAGCCCAGGUGGCCCUGCUGCAGUUGGACACCAGCAGUGUCUCCUCAGUCAUCACUGCUGCACAGGAGGUCAAACUCCGGUAUAACCGGCUAGACUACCUCUACCUGAAUGCAGGGAUCAUGCCAAAUCCACAGUUUGAUGUAAAAGCUUUUUUCAAAGGCCUCUUCUCCAGCCAUGUCAUCACCAUGUUUGCCACCGGUGAGGGGAUUCUGACACAGAAGGACUGCGUCACCCCUGAUGGCCUCCAAGAGGUUUUUGUGACCAACCUCUUUGGUCACUUCCUACUAAUCAGGGAGCUGGAACCAGUUCUGUGUCAUGCAGGCCGGACCUCCCAGCUGAUCUGGACCUCCUCCAGUAACGCUCACCGCUCAGCUUUUAACACUGAGGACAUACAGCAUCGGAGAGGCACCCAACCUUAUAGCUCCUCCAAAUAUGCCUCAGACCUGCUCAGCCUGGCACUCAACACACACUACAACAAACAGGGUUUGUACUCAUCCGUCAUUUGUCCUGGUUUUGUGAUGACCAGUCUGACAUAUGGUAUCCUGCCCUCCUUCCCAGCCUUCCUCUGGACCCUGCUUAUGCCUGUCUUUUGGCUUAUAAGAAUGUUCACCAAUACUUUCACCCUGACCCCUUACAAUGGAGCUGAAGCCCUGUUCUGGCUAUUUAAGCAAAAGCCUGAAUCACUGGACUCUCAAGCCAAGUACCACAGCUUAACCUCUGGGCUAGGCAACAACUACACACAGGCGCGUAAGAUGGAUAUCGAUUUGGAAACAUCACAGGCUUUGUAUGAGAAAUUACUGCAGCUAGAAAGUGAAGUGAGGAAGACAAUGAAGGGAAAACAAAAAGAGUCCCAGCAUGUGAAGAGUUGCUUCACAGGACCUGGAUCGUCUUGAUGCGUAUCACAUAAUUGUGGGGUUGAUAUCUUAUUCCAGUCUUGCAGGUCAUCUUUGGGAACAGCACACACUAACUGUCAGUUCUCUCAAAAAUAACAUUUCUUUGCCUGAUACAGCAUCAUACAAGACUGCAUUCAAAACACAAAAAACAAGUUACAAUUACUCUUAGAGCUUUUUAAGUUUGAUUUCCUCUUGAUAUAUUUAUUGUCUGUACCUGGCAUUAAAUAAAAUGUCUGUACAAAAAGCCAGAUUUAUAUACUAUGCUGUGAUUGUUCGGUAGAAACUUCACCCCACUUAUCCUCCAUGAAGUUAAGUUUAAGAUAUUAUUAUACGGUGUAAGAUAUUAAAUGAGAACAACGGAGAGUGCACCAACUCCUCAGCCUAUGCGGUCCAGGAGGGACUGCUUCCAAUUUGAUUUAUAAUUCCAUGAUCCUCACGGCAAAAUGCAUUGCAGUCUGACAGCAGACUAUCAGUAUCAUCCCAAAAGUUCACGUACGUGGUCUGUGUGAGCCCCUCCACGCUGUACUGCGGUGCCGGCACGUGCGUACAGGCGCACCUGAAAUUCCGCUCUGGACGAUCUGUGGUGCAAACGCGGCUGUCGUCUCCGUGUUCCGCCGCUUCUGUCCCAGUUCCACAAGCCUCCUCCGCACCGCUCAGUUUUGGGUUGCAAAAAGCCCACACCAUCCCGCAGAAAUAAACGAAAAACGUGCCCAUGACCAUGAUCAUGAGCGCGUAGGACUCUAUCAUGGCUUUGGCGACUGGAGAGGUCAUCUUUGGAUGCGCAGGAAUAAUAAUCGUUCCCAAGGUGUAUGCAGGAGGGACAGUCAGCGCGACUGGUGUUAUUCUCGGUGCUGGACCACUUCAGUCCCAUUCAGUUCAGGAAACGUGAGAUGGAGACAAGCAGAUAAUAAGGGGCUGCUUUUGUUGCCACCUCUCUUGGAGCAAAAGUCAAACAGUGAAUGGAAUAACCAAUUGUUAUGAUAUUAAACAAAAUUAACCUUGCAUAAAAUCUCACCCCGAGUUAAACAUGUAAUAAAACAACGUUAUAUGUGUCUGCGUGUCUGUGUGUGUCCUGUAUGGAAAUAUCAUGGACAAUUUAAGAGUUUAUUACAAAGCUGGGAACGCAUUAAUAGACUUAAAACCUCCGCAAAACUGAUAUUUUUAAAGUUCAAGUUUUUAUCCUGGUUGUGUUUGUUUGACUGUAAAUAAAGUAAAAGUAAAAAUCAUCUUUAAAUUUACAUCAUACAUUUAAAUGGUGUCAGUUUGUCUCCCUGACAAGCACACAGGACUGUCCUCUCUGACAAGCCCAUCAUCUGUCAGGGUUUGACUUUCCUUAUAAGGUCAAACAGCAGCACACAACUCCCAAAAAUACCUUCAGUGAUCAAUGAGGCCUUCAGACUUGGGUUUAGUGGCUAGAGGUUGGUGAAGCGGCUUGUGAUCGGAAGGUAGCUGGUUCGAAUCCCCCACCAGACAGGCAGGAAAAAUUUGAGUGUGGUGGAGUGAUAAUGUCCCCACCCCCCUUAGCUGGCUGA